UGAGAAGAGGAAAAGUCGAAAAAAUCACUCUCCGCCUAUUUUCGACAAAAUCUCUCUGGUCUCUGCACACGCACGCACCACAACUCACCGUUUUAUUAAUACCUAUCUUCCUCUUAUAUCUGAAAAAAAUCCCCCCUUUCACCGCCUCUGACACCGCCGCCGCCGCCGCCGCCGCCGUCGUCGCGGUUCCGCCAUCAAUCAUUAGGUUGAGCUUUGCUUCCUCUCCUGAUUUCUUCCGUCACACAUGGGCGAACAAACCCAAUCUCAACCUCAACCUCCAUCCCAAUCCCAGUCUCAAACUCAGACUCCGUCGGAAUCCCAACCCCAAUCGAAUUCCCCCACCUCCGUCACCCCAAUUGAGACCGCGACUGUCUCCUCCGUCGUCACCGUCACUCUUCUGCCAACUGAACUCACCGCCGUCCCUCCUCCGCCUCCUCACUCCGCCUCCUCCCCUCUCACCAAAAUCCCCUCUCGCCCCCGCAAAAUCCGCAAGCUCUCCCCGGAGGAAGCCACUCCGACCACCGCCGCUGCCGACCAAGUUAAUACCGCCACUGCCACCGCGAAAUCCUCGAGAACCAAGGCUUCGAAUCAGCAGCGCGCUCUGGCAGUCGGGCCGAGGAUAAUCGCAAGAUCCCUAUCCUGCGACGGAGAGGUCGACAUCGCGAUUCGCCACCUCCGUCAGUCGGAUCCUCUCUUGAGCUCCCUAAUCGAUCUCUACCCAGCCCCAACCUUCGACACAUUCCACACGCCGUUCCUCGCCUUAACCCGAAGCAUCCUCUACCAACAGCUUGCUUACAAGGCCGGAACCUCGAUCUACACCCGCUUCAUCUCCCUCUGCGGCGGCGAAUCCAACGUCCUCCCUGAAACCGUCCUCGCCCAAUCCGCAAUUCAGCUCCGUCAAAUUGGGAUCUCGGGGAGAAAAGCCAGCUACCUUCACGACCUCGCGAGGAAGUAUCAGAAUGGGAUUUUGUCCGAUUCUUCGAUUGUGGCUAUGGACGAUAAAUCGCUGUUCACGAUGUUGACCAUGGUGAACGGGAUUGGUUCGUGGUCUGUGCAUAUGUUCAUGAUCUUCUCGCUUCAUCGGCCGGACGUUCUGCCGAUUAACGACUCGGGGAUAAGGAAAGGCGUGCAGAUGCUGUACAGCUUGGAGGAUUUGCCGCGGCCGUCGCAGAUGGACCAAUUGUGCGAGAAGUGGAGGCCUUACAGGUCUGUGGCUUCGUGGUAUCUCUGGAGAUUUGUGGAAGCGAAGGGAACUCCUUCGAGUGCUGUUGCUGUGGCGACUGAUGGUGUUGGAUUGGGGCAGCAGCAAGAGGAAAAUCAGCAGCAGCAGCAGGAACAACAGCAUCAUCACCAUCAGCAGCAGCCGCAGCUUCUGGGCCCCAUUAGCGUUUACAAUCUCGGUGGAUCUGUGAAGAACCUAACCCAAGACGUAGAUACUAAUUGGAUGGAGAUGGUCGUUGUCAAUGAUCAGACUGAAAGUGCGUCGUGGUGAAAGGUAAGAAAUUCUUUGUGCUGGGAACCAUUCUAAUAUAUUUGUGGAUGUCCUAGUUGGUGUCAAAUUUGUCUUAUGGUGCACAAAAGAAGUUGGAAAGCUUUGAAGAGACUAGAACACGAGAAACAGAGAGGCAAAGUAAAAGACUGAAAGAAAUGGGAUAUUAAGGUAGAAGUUGAGAUUGGAAGUAGGGAUCGGUGAGACUUGGAACACCAAAAAGGGAUAGAAGGAGAGGGAAAAUGGAACAAAUGAAAUUCAGUCACAUAAUGAGCUAGCAGAUGUGAUCUCCAGCAGUUUUGUAGGACCAACCUGUCUGAAAGAUUUAAUCUUUCUUCUCAUAUUGAUCAGUGGAUGCUUUGUGCUCAACUUAGAUUCAGGAUUCAAAAAGGAUCCUAUUGGUUUCUGCUACACGUGCUUUUGGUUUUCCGGUUUCCUUUCUUCCACCCUCUGGAGUUGGCGCCUGAAAUAUUACAAACAGUAAUGGUCUGUUGAUUAUGCAAUCGACUCUUCCUAGCUUUUCUGUCGGAUGAUUGAAUGGUCCUUUUUACUUCACGUGGGAAUAGAAUAGACUUUGAGCAGCCUUUUUUUGGUGUAGAACUUCAUUAGAACACUAAUAAGUUGAUUUCAUGAGACGUCAGGCUUCCUUAUUCGACGAUAUCUUUGUUAUUGAUGAGAAUGCUCCGAAGUGAUUAGCUUCUCCCGAUGAUUCAUGGACAAAUGACAGGUACCUCGGAUGAUGGAGAAACCUCCGCCGGGCAGCCAGACAAAGCACACUCCCUCAGUUAAGAUCUUCUGGAAGACUUGGGCAGUUCAAGAGAUCUUCUAUAUCUGUAAAUGAACUUGCAUUGAACGUGACAAAUAAGAGACUGCGAAGUGGCGGUGAAGCUGUUUGUUGAAGCAAGCCCGCCGGCGAGCUGCAUGGGUAAGCAAAGCUUUUGGUUGAUGCAAACUCUCUAAACUAUAUAUAAAGCCUUAGAGAGGGUUUGGAUUAGCAGACACAUCCAAAGAGCGUCCCCGCAGGUUGUUUUUUUUCCCCGUCUCUGUUGUGGGUGUUUUAGCUCUUUGCUCUGGAAAUUAGACUCUUAAGCGUAUGUAUAACCCUGUUGUACAAUCCAAGAAGGAGGUUUACUUAUCAUCAUCAUUGAACAGUAUUUAAUGUUGGGCGCCUUGUCGUUUCAAUCAUUCUCCAUAUUGUAGCUUUGGAUUCGGAGUUGUUGGGUCUUCCCGCACUCUCUUUUUGAUGGAUGAAAUUAUGCUUUUCAUCAAAGAAAUCAUGCAAACUUAU